GACUUGGUAGAGUAGGAGUAGCACUUUCAUUUGAAGUCCAAUUAAAGCUUAAUUAUAAGGUGAAGAAUGAUGCAAUCAUCAUAUUUUGACGGUCAGUGAUUUUAAUACUAGACCAACUAAAAUUUCUCUUAUCAGAUUAUACAAUUUUGUUGAUUUUUCAUUGACCCCAUAGAUUUACACGACAGAGUAUAAGUGCCAUGUUGAAGAAAAAUAUGUUAAGUAAUUUUGAGAAUCGUAAGUCAUAAUUUGUGACAAUAAAGUAAUUAUUGAGAAAAUCGAAAUAUUUCAACUAAUUCUCGUAACAUUAGUUUCGUCUCAAUUAUUAAGUUGUAAUAUCAGGAAAUAAAAGUCCUGAUACUCAUAAUUAUGUGGUACAGAUGUGACAAAAUAUUAAGUAUUACCUUAUUGGUGAGCCCUAUACUAAACUAAAACCUAAAAGUAAAACUUAACAAGAUGUUCCAUAUUCCUCAUUUUAACGCAGGCAACCCACUGAUCUUCCGAUAUUCCCCCGGUAAAACGACUCAUAACCUAAAAUUCUAUAUUCUUGUAAAAUUCCAACAUUGUUCUCAUAUUUAAGCCCUUUUCUCGUGUUAUUUAUUUCUUCUCAAAAUCUCCCAAAAUACAUUUCUUCAACAUGGUUGGAAUACUCCGUCGUAGAUUUUGAUCUGAGUUGCAUGUUAAUGAAGAAGUUGUACCUUAUUUAAACUUAACAGUGAUAAUAAUUGAUUCUUAAAUACUAUUUUAUUUGAUUUCUUUAAUCGUAACUUACCAGGCUUCUGUCAUUUAUCCCUGUUCUAUAAUCCUGUUUUCAUUCAUCUUCUCCUGAUCAUAUUUAAUCUUUUACCUUAAUGCUGCUAACUCAUGAUUCCUUACUGCUGACAUGGUGCUGAAUAACGGUAAACGCAAAGCCCUGAAGUUGAACUUUGCCAACCCACCGAUCAAACCCACGACUAGGUUCACGCUGAACACAGCGGGGCCGCCUUUCCAAAACCCGCACAUAGAGAGGCUGAGAACACACAGCAUCGAGUCAUCAGGAAAAUUGAAGAUUUCGCCGGAGCAGCACUGGGACUUCACUGCCGAGGACCUGAAAGAUUUGGGCGAGAUUGGCCGAGGGGCUUACGGCUCUGUCAACAAGAUGGUUCACAAGCCGAGUAACCAGAUUAUGGCCGUCAAGCGAAUUCGUUCAACGGUUGAUGAGAAGGAGCAGAAGCAGCUGCUGAUGGACUUGGACGUGGUCAUGAGAAGUAGUGAUUGUCCUUACAUCGUGCAGUUUUACGGUGCUCUGUUCAGAGAGGGUGACUGUUGGAUUUGUAUGGAACUUAUGGCUACCUCGUUAGACAAAUUUUACAAGUUUGUAUAUUGCUCAUUAGAUGACGUGAUUCCAGAAGAAAUAUUAGGAAAAAUAACAUUAGCUACUGUGAAAGCACUUAACCACUUAAAAGAAAACUUGAAAAUAAUACACAGAGACAUUAAGCCGUCAAACAUCCUCCUGGACAGGAACGGCAACAUAAAGCUGUGCGACUUCGGCAUCAGUGGUCAGCUGGUGGACUCCAUCGCCAAAACCAGAGACGCGGGGUGCAGACCAUACAUGGCACCAGAGAGAAUAGACCCGAGCGCCUCCAGGCAAGGCUACGACGUGCGCUCAGAUGUUUGGAGUUUGGGAAUCACACUGUACGAGCUGGCCACAGGACGGUUUCCUUACCCAAAGUGGAACAGUGUGUUUGACCAGUUGACCCAGGUGGUGAGAGGAGACCCUCCACAGCUCAGCAACUCGGAGGAGAGGCGCUUCUCGCCCACGUUCAUCGCCUUUGUCAACUUGUGCCUUACAAAGGAUGAGUCGAAAAGGCCAAAGUACAAAGAGCUACUGAGAGACGCGUUCAUUCAGAUGUACGAGGAGCGCACGGUCGAUGUUGCCGGUUACGUCUGCAGGCUCCUGGAUCAGAUGCCAACAUCUCCCAGCUCCCCCAUGUAUAUGGACUAAAAGCACACAAAUAUAUGAAUAAACAUGCACCAGUCUGCAAAAAUAAAGACAUUAAAAAAAAAAAAGAAGAAAAGAUAACGAUGUAGACGAAACAAAUCCUCAUGUAAAUUUGCUUGGUCCCUUAUUGCAGUGUUAAGAGAAUUGUAAAGCCUAAAAGAUAAAUGAACACCACUUGCAGCAAAAGUGGUGGAAAUUUCAGUCAUGUCUGUAUAAUAUAUAAACGUUAACACACCUCUGUUUCUCUCUUGUUCACAAACACUGACGCACAGUGUAAGUAUAAUAGCAGCUGAAUCAAUCAGUCAAUCAUGGAUGCAUCUUGGUGAUUAGUAGUAACUAAAAAAAAAAACCUGCCUGGAACUUGUAUUUAUGGAAACCAAAAUCAUGUGGAGUUUCUGAUGUGGAGAUUCUUCAACAUACUGGAAUCAUGCUCUUUGUGAAUUGUCCCACUUCUUCCAUGUACGUGAAUGAAAGCAUCGUGUUUGGUAUCUUAAUGGAACUUUGCUUCUCUGGGUGUAAAGCAGUUUAAAAAGGUGAAAGUGUCGGUGGUCAGACUCAUGUUAGACCUGUAUAACAGUCAGUGCUCACUGUGCAACGAACGAUAUGCUGAUAUAGGAAUAAAGAGAGGGGAAGGGAAA